UGAGACAGCCUCAGUUGCGCGCAUGGCCUCUUGUCGUUUGCAAGUGUGUUCGUUACCCUCUUACCUAGAUACCAACCAUUUCAAUUUGGAUGAUGUGUGCUUGUUUUUGAGAAAAAAAUCAGCGGGUUUUGGUGAAAAUGGGCAAAAAGGGCCGGAAAACGCGAUGGCGCCGGUUACCCAUGACUGGACCAGAGGCGGCGUCGGAUGCUGUCUCCUCGUCGGCUCAGGGCUUCAGAGGCGGAUCAGCUGAUUCCGAGCAAGGCUCCAACGAUGCGCCCUCAAGGCUCACCUUCAACGAAGACGAAUACACCAAAAUAACAACACCUCGACAAGAUGUGCUGUUCAAAAAAGGGUAUUUGGGCCGCAGGCGAACCCAAAACCCCACCGAAACACCUGAAGCUCAAAGUACAGCUGACUCAGUGGAAAGCAGUGAAUAUUUAGCCGAAGAACAGCCUCAGUAUUUCGCGCCACCCGGGGGAUUCAUCGAUCAGAAUGGCGUGUUCUAUGUUAAUGGUGGCACUUACGAAUUUUACGACCCUUACACAGGCAACGUGACAGUGGUGGUGGGGCCAAGCGCCCCCUACCCUCCCCAGGCGCCACUGCUUUCCGCCAUGCCCUGCCAGCCAGUGCCCCUCGCCCCCCUCGAAUGGUACAACCCCCCACCAGGCUCAUACAUGUGUCCUUCUGCCUAUCCCAACACUCCUAGUCGCAACAAACGCAACUCUACAGAUUCACAGAAUUGCAGUGCACAAAGUUCGGAGUCAACGGGACCGCCGGGCAGUCCUCAGGAGCCAACCGACAUGAUGGAAAUGGGGGGAGCCGGUGGGGGACCCCCCAUGUUCCCCCCUCAGCCCCCACACUAUAUGUACCCUGGAUUCAUGUUUGGCGCACCCAUUUAUCCAAUGAAUGGAGUGAAUGUACAGGGUGUGAUGCCUCAGUGUUCGCCAGUGCCACCUCCACCCCCUGAUGUCUGUCCCACAAGUGUUGUCGCCAAGCGACGGAAGAAACGCAGGCGAAAGAGGAGGGGAGGGGCAACCGAUGAAGGCUCAGAGUCCAGCUGCGAAGAGGUGAUUAGCUGCGACAACGCGGCUUGCAGCCAAUCAGGAGCGAGCAGUGAUGCCGGCGGCCAGGGCUCCAGCUGUUCGAAAACCAAUUCGGAUUCUGGAAUCAACACGGAGCCAACACCCGACAGCGGCUCCAACACGCCGCCACUGCCCUGUGAGGAUGACCACCUGCAUUCGCCAUGCGAGUCACUGCCCGACCAACAGAACGACAAAGAGUCCAGUUGCACAUCGACGCCCGAAGCUCAGAAGCGCACCUUCGAAUCUCUUCCCGCGUCAGACGCCGAAGAAACGCUGCAAGAGCUCAGCUGCAGCUCCGAGCCGCCGCAGUUGGCCGGCUGUCCGCCAGAGCUCGCUGCGAUCGACAAUAUGGCCGCCGCCGGGGAGCACGUCAUCUCUGUGACGUCAUCAUCCAGUAGCGCCACUUUCGAAGCAAAAACUGUCUUUGACUCCACCACAGUCACGAGUCAAAGUUCAGUUGCUGAUGAUUGUCUUCCUCAAACUUUGGAACCUGAAAUUGUCGCUGUAACUCAGAUCACACUUGAAGAAACUGCUCUUGUUCACUUGCCAGCGGUACAAGAAAGUCAACAGGACGUUGUUCACUUACCAGGAGUAAUGUGUCAACAGGAGAAUGUCCUCAUACCGAGAGUAGUACCAUGUCAACCCGAUAAUGCUCAUAUGUCAGGAGAGGUGAGCGAAGAGGAGGUGAUCGCUGAUGUUACAGAUUAUGAUGUUAAUGAUAAUAAUAAAGAGAGUAGGACUGAUUUAGUACAUAAUGACAAAGAAAUUGAGGAUAGAAUAGAUGUUGAAAUUGUUGUUGUUGAACAGGACCCAGAAACAAACGAAGAAAGUUUGGAAGUUGUUGAGGAGGUGGAACACAUGGAGGAAACUACAACAAAAGUAUUUGGGGAGGAGGAGGAGGUAUCAUAUGAAGACAGGAUAGAAGUUGUUGUUGAGGAGAGUUGUGAUGUAAAUGAGAAAGAAGGGUAUGAUGCAGAAGAAAUAUCAGAACCCAUUUCUCUAAUUGAGGACAAUAUUUUGAUGAAUUUUGACAUGGUGUGCCCAAUGGUGUCUGAAGAACAGCUGAAACAAAUUGAAAGCGAAUUCGACAGCUGUUUGUCCAGGUUCCUGAAAAUACAAGAAUCACUGCCUCCGAAACCACCGCCACGCCGCAAACGAGCGUUGAACAGAGUUGCUGAAAAAGUAGCUUCAAAGGUUGUGGACGCCGCAAUCGAGGAGGCAGUUGCUGAAGCAGCUAACAAAAAGAGUGCGGCUACCGUUUGUAACCAGAGGUUGCCGAUCACAGAGGCAGUAACUAAAUGGCUGCAAAGUCAAGGAGGCACUGUGCUGUCUGUGUCGACAGCCUCUUCAACAGACGAGGAUUCCGAUGAGGUGGACGAAGGUAUCGAGGACGGGGAGAGCUCAACGAACCAAAAAAACGUAGAAGGCAACCCUUUCCUUGCGCCAUAUCUUAGUGGCUCAAGGACAAGGGUUGCCGACGCGGAUGAUUGUGUGAGCCUGGUAUCGAGUGCCGGAGAGUGGGACAUGUACCAGGAGCACCAGGAGCGAACCAGGGCCAUUUGCGACCCGGCGACGUCGGUCGACAAGUACUACCGACUGGGCGCUGAUGACCCCGAUGCAUCGGCCAGCAUUGCAUCUCCCCCCAUCAUCAAGACUGCAGUGCAUAUCCGUCGAGCAGGCCCGUUUCCUUGCGGCGUCUGCUGCAUCAUACAGUAGCACACCCAACACACCAAUGCCAAUCUCCAUCCUCAUCAUCUUACUACAUACAACAUGCUGGAAAAGACACUGAUUAACAAUCUGAUUUCCAAACUCAUAAUAAAGCAUUUCUUGAGUAUUUAAAACCAUCAUCUAAAAUACUCCACUAUUCAUUCAUGAGUAGGCCUAUCAAGAAUUGUUUCUUGAAUUUUGAAAAUGGUUUAUUCUCAUUGAGGGUAUUCAAUUCUCAUCCUAUUUCAAUAUGAAUAAAUCAACUGAAACGCGUGUUACUGCCAUACAGUUGAUAUGAAAAAUGUUUUGAAUGGAGUGAGGAUUGAAUUCUCUCAAUCCCUUUGAAUUGUAUUACUGUGCUCUUCAUCUUGUCUUCAUCUCCUCAAAAAUUGAGAUACUGGAAAUUGUUUGUGGGGGGAGGGGUGUUUUACUCCCAAGCACGGUAUUAAAUGAAUCGCAAUUGCUGGUUUCAUUCUUAUUUUAUUAGAAAAUUUAGAGAGGAAAACGUACUGGAUUGGUUUGGGAUUGAUGCAAUGAUUCAUUGCUGAAAUUUAUGUGAAGAAAAAAUUGUGAUUGUAAAAAAUUGUUGGCUUGGCCUCAUGUCAUUCUAAUCUCAAACCCGUUCACAAAAACACUGGCGAAUAUGAAAAACAAUUUCUGAAUAGAGAGGUUACGCAUACUCAAGAUCUCCAUUAGCAACUAAUCAUUAUGAGAAAUCAUUUUGUACAUCGGUGUCCUUUACAUCAUCAAUGCUUAACAAAAUGACGCUCAUAACGAGACUUCCUUAUUGUUAAAAUAAAAACUUUCAAGAUUUCCUAAGUAUAACUGUUGGUUGUGUUACUAUUAAGGCGGGGUUAUGAACAGGGCGCAAAAAGUGAAUCUGUUUUAGAGAAUGUGAUGAUAACUAGACUCGGUGAUCAAUGAUUAAUAUUAUGAUGGUUGAUUAAUAAUAAUAUGUUGAUUAUAAUGUUGAUGUUGAUGCUCACAAGACUGAACCGUUGUGCCAAUUUAAGUUCAAAUCAAACUGCUGAGUGUGCAGAGAAUAAAAAUGUGAUGCUGCAACUUCUGUUGAACAGAAAAAGCGAGAUAUUUUUUACACUUGGUGGUCGAAAGAAUAUUCACAUUAAAAUAACGGUUCCGAGACAAAAUGAUAAUGUACGGUAAUAGGCCACCAGCACAGGAGAUAUUUUGUUGCUCAACGCUGCUGAAAAUCCAAUAGAAAUGCGUUGCUUUGUAUGCACCGCCACAUAGGAUUGUACAGAAAUUAGAAACGUUUUGCAACUUGAUAUCUCCAGGUGCUCGGCUUUUGAUCCCUAAAUAAGUUUCCUCUAUCGUAUGCUUGUGAUGAACUUAUAAAUAUGCGAAACAGUAUGUAUGAGCGUGUUGUUUUAUUACUUAGUAUUAGUUCAUUUCAACCAACAUAAAAAUUAUUAUAAUUAAUAUUCUCUAUUAUAAGAAAAGUCAACAGUUAGCCAAAUGGAUAAAUUAUUAUCAUUUUCUAGAACUAUUUAUGCGUGAGAAUAAUUGUUAAAAAAAUGGGUUUUCCCACUUUCUAGUGCAGUUUUGUUUUUUCUUUCUACGCAAGUCGAUACGUUUUUGUUUUGUUUUUUAUUUCAUCAAAUACAGGAAGUAUUAUUAUAAUUGGAAUAUUAAUGAAGAUUGGAGAAAAUUAAUUGUAGUAUAAAACACUGCUUGACGUUUCAUGAACGCUUUGAUAAAAAGGUAUAGUAGGGAAGCAUAUGAGACGCCUUUUUAGAUGUGUGUGACUACAGUUAGCCUAUAAAUUUGUUUAAAAAUGGAUUCCAUAAGAAUAUUGCUUGGAAGCUUUUAAAUCUUAAUGAAAGAUGUGUCAAGCCUACUCGACUAAAGUGACUCUACCUCACAAAAACUACAUCAUGUUAUACGACUUGAAAUUUAUUUUAUAAUUUUAUCUGAUCUUCAUCAGAAUUUGAUGUAGACGUUGAUCUACAAUCAAACUGAAAAACUUGAGACAUCUCGAGUACGCUUCUUCAAAUUUGACAAUAUCGCAUGAGAUGAAAAUAAAAUUCUGUAAGAUGCAGAAGACCUAGGUCAUACAUUAUUAUCAUUGAAUAAGUAAUGCCAAAGCUAAGGUAUGCAAAGUAGGUGUUAUGUUAUCAUUGAUAUAAUUUUGUUUAUCAAAUAAGCCUCUAUCAUAAGAUUUGUUUGUACUAUGUAUAUAAUAUAGGAAUUUUCGGAGAUUAUAAUUUCAACAGUCAUCAUAUACACCAUAAACCUAUGUGUUCAUAAUAAUAAUGAGUUAUUUAGGGUGAUAGGAAAUUAAAUUGGCUAGUGAUGUCUAUCAGGUAUUGUCAGCCUAUGUAAGCUUUUAAUAAAAUUGAAUUUCUAUCAAAAAAUUAUAGUUACUAGCAGUUAAAUGAUUAGUGAAGUUCAUCGCAAAGAUACUUAUUCAUUGAAAUUGUUGAAAAAGAUUAAUAUAUUGUAAAAGUUGAACAAAAAGUGUAAGAAACUCAUGUCAGCAAAAAAAUUGACGAAAUGUAGAAGUAUUUAGGUACUUUUACAGAAGCAUUUAUAUCCUGAGUUGAACAUUUUAAGCUUUGUGUAGGUACAUUAUUGUUUUCGAUUACGUAAUCCAAAGAAUAAAAUAAUUAAUUACUAAAAUUAGAUUACAUAUUUAGAGGACUGUAUAUGGUUUCAUGGGACGAGAGCAGGCUGAACGCUGUAAGAAGGCUAUCCAGUGUUCUGCUACAUAGUGUGUUCAGUUUGAAAACACAAAAUAUUUCUACACUAGUAGUGAAUGAUAAUUUAGUGACUAAUAAUUUACAAACUACUAUUAGAUGAGUUACAGGCUUACGACAAAAACUACGGUUGACUGUACAAUUAUUAAAUGUAAUAAGUUAUAAUCUCAAUACUGGUACAUUAUUAUAUAAUCUAAUAGAUGGCCUACUGCACUGCCAGUUAUUUGGUUCAAUUAUAGUACUAUAAAGAAAUAUUAUAAUAAUUACUGGAGACGCUAUGUUUAUUAUUAAUUAUCAGUACAGAUACAGUAGGGACUAUACCGUAUGAAAACUGAGCCGUAUGUUUCAAUAAUGAACUUCAUAAUUGAGAAGGUUUUUGCUCUUUUUAUUUGAAUUCAGUCCCUAAUUCUUCAGUGUUUUAUCAAUAAAGUAUUUUGAGGCGCUGAAGCUGCUAUUCUCAUUUCGUAUCAAAUUCUCUGUUCUAUUAAAGGGGUGAUUUAUUUCCAAAUUCAUGGUUUAGGGAAAGGUAAUGCGGUAAAAUCGAAACAGUUCAUUAGCAGAAGGAUAUGAAAGAAUUGAACAAGGCUUACAUCGAAUUUUUUUCAACAAUGUUCAAACAAUUAUUAAUCUAAACAUCUAAUAUGAAUGUUAAAAAUACCGGUACCUCUAUUAUCAAUAAAACUAAUAUUUCCUUUUAAAUUAUGUUAUAAAAAAAGAAAGAUCUCGUUUUCCUUAAUACACGUUAAUAGCUUGAGAUAGAGAGGCCUGACUGAACGGUUGCAACACACACACUCAAGUCGAGUGAAGUUCCUUGCGUUUCUGAAGCAAUGGUGAAGAUGCUCUCAGGAAGUACUUUAUUACAGUAUCCGUUUGAAAGGCUAUAAACUUGAGAAACAAAAUUAUAAAAUAAAUUAAUUAAAUCAACUUUGCCUUAAUCGCAUGUUUACAGAAUAUUGAAGUAAUUAAUAAGUUCACAUAACACUGGUGUAAUUAUUUGUACUAUUUCAUAAUAAUGAUAAUAAAUGCUAUGCAAUGUAAUUUGUAGAAGAUGUUAUGGUUGUUAAUUAAUCAAUAAUCUUAACUGAUUUAUUGUUCUAAAUAUUAAUAAGUUAUUAAUUAAUAAAAGCGUAGAUUGAUAAAGCGUAAGAGAAACUGCACAUCUGUUGCUUAGUUCUAAGAUAAUAUUAAAAUGUAAGUAGAAAGACAGAGACUAAGUCCGGUGCAAUAAUUUGUAAGCAUUGUUAAUGAUAAUAAGUUAAUUAUUUACGUAAAUAAUUGAAUAAGUAAGGGUGUUUGGCAAUGUAAUCAGUUGGCUUAAAAGUGUUUAUCAUUUUUGUUUCACUUAUUUAAAAAAUCAAAAAUUCACUUUCUCCCCGAUAUUAUUUUUGAGAAAUAAAAUACAUUAACUAUUAUUCCUCCAAGCCUGCCCAAUAAUUCUACAGCAACAAUGAAAUUUAUAUUUUGAUAUGCGUAUACACUGCACAUGUAUGAGAUCUUUUUAUAAAUAACAAUGAAUUCCAAUUGUAUUCAACUAAUUCAGAGCACUGAUGUGCUUCUUGAUAUAAAUGUUAUCGAUUUAUAAAUUCAUAAAAAUCAAUAGUUCAUGGAAACUGCUUGAAUGUGUAUGGAAAGAGCGUGUCAACGAAAAUGAAGAUUUAAAAGAUUUCUUUUGAAACUCUACUGAAACUUCAUUAAUAAUUACUAUAGUUCAUGUUAUAUAUCUGCUAUCAAUAUUCGAAUUGAAUUGUUAUUGUUGAUCAAAAAUCUGUAAAAAAAUCAAUGUCCCCAUGAGAAAUUGUUUGCCCAAUAUUUUAUAAAUGUUCUUCGUGUGAGGAUUUUUACUCGUUGAUUAUAAUAUCUAUAUAUUAUAUAUUUGUAUGAGGAAAGGGAUUUUCAAGUUAGUAGAUAAUGUUGAUUAUAGAAAUCAGAUUUAAAUAAAGUAAUCUGAUAUUGUUGUCUGUACAUUGAAAUCAAAUAUCAAAAUUGAUGAAACUCGAAAUAAGGGAUUCGAUGCGAGAAUAUUAUAUUAUAAACUAUUCGAUUACACUAAUAUAUACGAAAAUAUUCACUUACUCCAAGAAAAACAACUGAAAAUAUAAUAUCUAAAUGUCCAGCCCAAUAACCAACUAAACAAGUGCUUCUUUAAUUUAAUUUCAGUCUUUCAUAAGUCGUUCCAAUUACUUAAAGACAUUAAUUAUUACACCUUAAAAUAAUUAAUUCCUUGAAUUUUGUAAUUUGGAAUGUUUAGCUAAGAUGCUUCAUGUGCCUUACACAUCAUGAAAUUCUCCACACUGUAAGGGAGUGAUACGGAACGGGUUCGAUUGAGUGCUUAAUUAAACAGGGCCAGGGUUCUAUUGCUGAGACAAUUUUCUUUAGUUGUCAAUUAUUCAUUAUAAUUAACCGAAAACAAAAAAUACAUUUAACACUCAAGUUUUGUAAUCGGAAAGAUCAGGGAUUGAUUGUAAUGCAUUAAGUUGAUAAAACAUAAUCAUAUGACUCCAAUAAAUAAUGCAAUAUUAUACAUUUAAAAAAUUUAAUAAAUCUCUUCCAAUAGCAGUUAUUGUACAGUACCGUACUGUAAUAGUUCUUCAAAAUUAGUGUAAACUCAAGAAACUUGUGUAAAUAAUUACAAAUUCUUGCUCCAUUUCUCACACCUUAUGAAUGACGAGGCAUUGGAAAGAAUGAUAGUUCUACUAUAAUUUCAACGUUGGCAUUAAUGAAUAGCUGAUUACCUUAAGGGACUUCCCAUAUUUUAAAGGUUUGGUGUAGAUAUGUGCUGAAUGUUAGUAAAAUCUCAGUAUCAAAUAGAAGAAUAUUGGCCUACAAUAUGACUUCCAUUCUUCACAAAGUUUUUCAGUAUUUUUCCAAUUGUUGAAUCUUGUUGAAACUCGAAUUAUCUAUUUUCAAAACAGAAAAUUUGAAAACUUAUCGCCCCUGUACAAUCACGAGGUGUUCUUUUUCAAGACCCCACGUCUUUCAUCAUAUUGAUAAAUACAUUUGAUUUAUCUCGAUACCAAUGUAUUUCAUAAUUGAUACACAUGAAUCUACAACAAAAAGACUAUUCAAAGCUCAGAUUUCAAUUGUAUUGCUUAUACAAUACUGUCCAUCUUCUACAUCCUCAAUUAUAUAUUUUAUAGAAUGAAAGCAAUGUCUUAAACACAGAUUGAAGCAAAAUAAAAACCUACAUUUUAUCUUGUAUUCUUCGAAUUGUUGAGUGAGGAUUUGAUUUGUAUAUAUAAAUACUCCAUAAAAGUUGAAUACCUUACUUCAAAUAGAAUGACUUAUUGAUUUGUAAUAGAAAUAUGAAGUAAUAAUUAAUUCAACUAGUCCAACUAAAAACGUUUCAAGUUUAAAAACAGAACAUAGCUAAUCAGUCACGAAUAAAUAUAAUAAAAAUAAAAUAAUAGGGAGAUUUUGCUCCACAACAUUGUAAAAUAGGCCAAGAAUGUAGGUCUUAAUGUUUAUCUGUAGAAGCAAUAAAUGAAUAGCUUUGAAAUUGAGGAAAAAUUAUUGCUGUAUAACUAAUAACUGAAUUCGAAUAAGUUUAUUAUUACUAAGUUUAAGUUUCAAAGAGAUAUUGAUGAAUCUUCUGAAGUCCAAUAAAGCAAAGGGACCACAGAUGAACAAAUAAUGAAUUAAUAAAUAAAAUCAGUGUAAGAACUUAAACCCUGAAUACAUGAGUGUAUUUUUUCAAGGCACUUUUUUGUUGCUAUUUUAUUUUGAACCAGUGAUUAUUGCUUUUUUAAUUUGAUGAUGAACAAUGUUAUUACUUUUCAUUAUUAUUUCAUUUUAAUAAUUAUAGUUAUUCUUAACUUUGUUGAUUAAUAUUUUUAUUGUAAUAAAAUAUUGAAAUAUUACAAA